AUGAAGCUCGGCAACAUUCUGCUGUCAGGGCUGGUUGGCUCGACCGGAGCGGUCAAAUUCAUGGAGGUUGAUUCUCUGGCUGCAGAGGGCAUGUUCAAAUUGGGCAUGCACAUCGCUGAGAAUGGCUAUCCGAGCCCAAAGACUUGCACGCUGAAGAAUGCUGCCAUUAGAAGAGAGUGGUCAACAUUGUCAAGAACCGAAAAGCUAGACUACCUCAACGCUGUCAAUUGUUUAGCAAGGAAACCGGCAAAAACCCCAUCAGCCAUUGCUGCGGGAGCAAAGAGUCGUUAUGACGACCUGGUGGUUACCCACAUCCAGCAGAGUCGUGCUAUUCACGGCACUGGCAACUUCUUGUCUUGGCAUCGUUACUACACGUGGGCCUUUGAACAAAUGCUUCGCAAUGAGUGUGGCUACCAGGGCCACCAGCCAUAUUACAAUUGGGCUUGGUGGGCAAAUGACCCAAAGAGCUCGCCCCUGUUUGACGGAAGUGCGACCAGCAUGUCGGGCGAUGGAGAGUACAUUCCGGGGAGAAACUACAGCUGCAUUCCCACGGAAGAAACCUGCCAUAUAAAGCUCUAUCCCUCACAUGGAGGUGGAUGCGUUACUUCUGGUCCAUUCAAAAACUUUACAGUCAAUCUGGGUCCCCUUUUGUCCCUGUUGAAGAUACCUGACGGACUGCCCCCUAAUCCACAAGCCGACGGUCUCGGCUAUAACCCCCGCUGUCUACGUCGCGACAUUAGCACACAGGCCUCCAACGAGACAAGCGACAAGGCAGUUGCGGCUUUGAUCAAAAACAACCCUAACAUUGCCGACUUUCAAAGAGUAUAUCAGGGCGAAUUUGCCUUAGGACGCAUGGGUGUUCAUACCGGCGGCCACUACACUAUUGGAGGAGACGCUGGAUCUGACUUUUUCAACUCGCCCGCAGAUCCUGCUUUUUGGCCCCAUCAUGGCAUGAUCGAUCGCGUCUGGUGGAUUUGGCAAAAUCUUGAUCUCAAAAACAGGCAAACUGCCGUUGCUGGAAAAAGGGGGUUCGGAGAUACAGGCGAGAAUACGCUGAUAAACGACACCAUCACGCUUGGCGACUAUAUCGGAGCACCAAAUAUCACGAUAGGAGAUGCAAUGAGUACAAUGGCAGGACCAUUUUGUUACAUUUACCAAUGA